GAUAUGGCAAUGGCUCUUUUGCAAAUCAAACGACAUAUUCAACUGGCUCUAACCCACAAGCUGUAGCUGUUGGUGAUUUUAACAACGACAGUCGACCGGAUCUCGUCGUCGCUAAUUUUAAUGACGACACUGUAGGUGUACUACUUCGGUAUGACAGAGGAGCUCUGAAAGAUAAAAUUACAUUUGCGCCUGCCGAUGGUUCUCGUUUGCGAAGCUUUGCCAUUUUUGAUUUCAAUAAUGAUAGCCUAUUGGAUAUUGCCGUUGUCAAUUAUGGUACGAAUAACAUAGGUGUCCUUCUUGGAUAUGAGAAUGGCACUUUUGGAAAUCAAACGGUGCUCUCAACAGGCUUAAAUUCUCAUCCUGACUCAAUCGCUAUCCAUGAUUUCAAUAAAGACGGUCAAGUGGAUAUAGUCGUGGCCAAUUAUGAUAGUAAAAAUCUUGUUACGUUUCUUGGAAGUGGAAAUGGAACAUUUGAAAAUCAAGGACGUUACGGUAUAAAUUUUGAUUUUGCUCCACUGAUGAUUGGUGCUGGUAGUUUCAACAAAGAUGGGCGUUCAGAAAUUUUCGUUGCAUAUGAUGACAUCGAUUAUGUAGAUGUGCUGGUUACAUACGACAUCGGAUCUUUCAGUAAUCACAUUAAAUAUUCAACUGGGAAUUGGCCCCGAUUUGUAGCUCUUGGCGAUUUUAAUAACGAUACCCAACUGGAUAUCGUCAUCACUAAUCAGUACGACAACACUGUAAGUAUCCUUCUCGGAUAUGGAAAUGAUUCUUUCACUAAUCAAACGACAUACUCAACGGGCUCUACCCCAUGGUCUCUAGCUGUAGGUGAUUUUAAUAACGAUACCCAUCUGGAUAUCGUCGUCGCUAAUAGACGUGACAACUAUAUAAGUGUAUUUUUCGGUUAUGGUAAUGGCUCUUUUACAAAUCAAACGAAAUAUUCAACUGGCUCUGGUCAAUUAUCUGUAGCUAUUGGUGACCUUAACAACGACGCUCGAGUGGAUAUCGUCGUCGCUAAUAAUGACAACACUGUAAGUGUCCUUCUCGGAUAUGGAAAUGGCUCUUUUGCAAAUCAAACGAAAUAUUCAACAGGGUAUAGACCAUGGCCUGUAACUGUUGUUGAUUUUAAUAACGAUACUCGAUUGGAUAUCGUCGUUGCUAAUUUUGGUGACAACACUGUAAGCAUCCUUCUCGGAUAUGGCAAUGGCUCUUUUGC